CAUGUACACAUUCUCUCUGAGCCAGGACACAAGAAGACCGUGUACAACAUCUACUGCAGAGAGUACAAGGGAACUUGCAAAGAGCAUCAUUGUGUCUGUCGCCUGACCCCGCAUCCUUGGAAGUCUUGGCAGGAGCCUGCAGUAUGGACAAGCAGUGGUUUCCUGCAGCUGGAAUUCCCUUGGCUGCCCUCCUAGUCGUCUCGGCUUCUACCCUGACCCUUCUCUCUACUAAUGAAGACCCUGAGCAGUUUCCCUCAGACCCUGGCACAUCAGCUCAGCAAAGUAACCGCAUUCUACCGGACAUCCUGACAGACGUCACUGGUGGUAUCAACUCAGUUGAGAGGGAACCGGAGGCCCCGGGGAGGAGGGCAGGAGGCCUCUCUACAGAAGGAGCUGGAGGUCAGGAAUCUCCCUCAAUGCCUGGCUCCUCAGGCAGGGUCAUACCUGAACCAAUUCCCUCAGCCCUGACCACAUCUGCAUCCAACAUGGCCUCUCAGCCAGUGUCCUCUGGGGCUGACCCUGUAGAGGAAAUCAUGGCUCUUGGAACUCUAGAGACAAUUACGAUGUCAUCACCACAGCCGUCUCCCAGACAUGAAUCUGAGCAGAAGUUCAACAAGGUCUUCAGAUUGUGUGGGACAGUUCCUGCCUCUGCAACACUGGAGAAAAAUGUUGCAUCUCAACCAGCAUGGCAUUUAAUUAAAGCUUCCCCUCCCCCCAUAUUCUCUAGAUCUCCACACCUGUUAUGGUGUACCCCCAAUUCCACUGUCUACAUACCAGUGCCUGCAUGGAGGGAUGGCCACUCCAGGCCAGAGGCAUCCUCAUCUGUGCCCCUGGCUCCAAGUACCUCCUUAGGACUGCCUAUUUUUCCAUGGAUGCCUAACAUACUGAAAGCUACAGAGUCCCUGUCGCCUGCAUCUCCUGGAAGAUCACGGCUGGACCUCACCUCCCAAAUGGGCUCCAGGGCAUCUGAAAACACGGUGGCUUUGGACACAGGCCCAGUAUCCCGUGGUACUUCUGUGCUGCUGUUGCCCUCAGCAACAUCCCCUUCACAUGCAUCCUCCCUCCACUCCCCUCGCCCCUCAUCAGCAUCGCCCCUGUCUGCAUCCCCAUCACCUGCAGCUUUGUCCUUCUUCCCAUCACCAGCCUCAAUCCUGGUCCCCGUUUCCUCUGUCACCACAGGAGCCAGUGACUCUCCUAAACCUCCUGUGUCUGGGAUUGCACCCUCAACUACAGACUCUUUCAUUAAAACCUCAAACCUCCCACCCCAGAUAACGCUACAACCCAGUCACCCUGGGCCAUGGCUUCCCACCAGCACAAUCCACAUGCCCACGCUCUCCCUCCAACAUUUCUCUAGCCUUCCCUCUACCCCACAUAGCUCUGGCUUCACUGAGUCAUCUGUAGAUGCUGAUCCUCCCCUGGCCUCUACCCUCCCUCAGGCUAUGUCUUUGCAGGACUUGAGUUUCUCCACUCGAGGACCUAGUCAUACGAUCCACUCUGUGACCUUUAGGGUCAACAGCAAUCGCUUCACAAAAGCUGUCUGGAACCUGGCACCCUUGGAGCGCUGGCUGCUGAACAGGCUUAUUUGCUACCAGCUCCGGUUCAUCUACCAGGAGGCCUUCCCCAACUUCAGGAAUGUCAGCGCCUUGCUGUUUCGACCUGGCUGUCCAGAAGUGAAAGCCUCCCUCAUUUUUGGUCCUCCGGAUCCCUCGGCCCUAGAAAUCCUCUGGACUUUGUACCGUAAAGUGAAGUCCUCCAGAUGGUCCCUUGGGUACCUGUCCCUGGCCGACCAUGGCCUUUCCUCUGAUGGGUACAGCAUGACUGACCUUACCCAGGAAAUCAUCAACAUUAGCUUCACACUCAUGAGGCCCUUCCUGCCCCAGCUGCUUCUGCCUAGUUCUCAGCCUUGUAUCCUGCUGGAAAAGCAGAUCAUUCAGCUGGUCACCCACGAAGUGUCAAGAUUCUACAAGGCUGAGCUCCAGAGCCAGCCCCUGCUCCUAUUCAGCAAUGUGAAGGAGUGGGUGAGCGUUUACAUGGAAUACAAAUUCAAGAGCCCCGUCCCCAUCCGUCUCCAAGGCCUGGCCAGUCACCUAGCCCAUCAUAUAACUGAUCCCACCCUUCAGAAAUCCAGCAUAAUGGCCAAUGGGGAGAAAGCAGAUCUGGUGUUUUAUGAGAUGUGGCUCUUGAUCCUGGGUCACCCCUUCACCAAGACCUUGGAGAACAAGACUAGUUCUGAGUGCCAGGAGCUUCGUGGACUGCUGACGAGACAGCUAACCUCAGUCCUCCAGCCUUUGAAGAACUUUGGUCAAGUGGUGGUGGAGGAAUUCCACCAGGAACCACUGACUGCCAGGGUGCAAACGGCCUUCUUUGGGGCUGUGCCAGCUCAGGCCAUCAUUCAAGACACCGUACUCCAAGCCCUGGGCUCCCUGCAGGAAACUGAGGGUCUGCAGUUAGAGAUGCUCCUCCCAGUCCUUGGCACCCCCAGCUCCAGAGCCUCGAGAGGCCCCAGGGGCAGGGCCAUGCUGAACCUCCAGCUCUUCAUUUCUCUCUUUGUCCUGGCGGCUCUUUGUACGGCUCCUCCCUUCAUCAAGAAGCAAACCCUAUACCUCUCCUAGGUCACCUCACCUACGGUACUUUCUUCAAGCCCCUGCUUCACCCCACCUUCAUGCCACAUAAAACUGGGCAAACACUC